CUCUUAGGGCUGUUCUUAGGGUCGGGCGGGCGGUGGAGGUGCGGACGCUGGUUGUCUUUGCUGCUGCCGUCGCUGUCUCCUUUGCUGCCGCUGGCGGUCACCAUGAACCCAGACUUGCGCAGGGAGCGGGACUCCGCCAGCUUCAAUCCGGAGCUGCUUACACACAUCCUGGAUGGCAGCCCCGAGAACACCCGGCGCCGCCGGGAAAUCGAGAACCUGAUUCUGAACGACCCAGACUUCCAGCAUGAGGACUUGAACUUCCUCUCUCGCAGCCAGCGUUACGAGGUGGCAGUUCGGAAGAGUGCCAACAUGGUGAAGAAGAUGAGGGAGUUUGGCAUCGCAGACCCUGAUGAAAUCAUGUGGUUUAAAAAACUACAUUUGGUCAAUUUUGUGGAACCUGUGGGCCUCAAUUACUCCAUGUUUAUUCCCACCUUGCUGAAUCAGGGCACCACUGCUCAGCAAGAGAAAUGGCUGCUUUCAUCCAAAGGACUCCAGAUAAUUGGCACCUACGCCCAGACGGAAAUAGGCCACGGAACUCAUCUUCGAGGCUUGGAAACCACAGCUACCUAUGACCCUGAAGCCCAAGAAUUUAUUCUCAACAGUCCUACUGUGACUUCUAUUAAGUGGUGGCCUGGUGGGCUUGGAAAGACUUCAAAUCAUGCAAUAGUUCUUGCCCAACUCAUCACGAAGGGGAAAUGCUAUGGAUUACAUGCCUUCAUUGUACCUAUUCGUGAAAUGGGAACCCAUAAGCCUUUGCCAGGUAUUACUGUCGGAGACAUCGGCCCCAAAUUUGGUUAUGAUGAGAUGGAUAAUGGCUACCUCAAGAUGGACAACUACCGUAUUCCCAGAGAAAACAUGCUGAUGAAGUAUGCCCAGGUGAGGCCUGAUGGCACGUAUGUGAAACCCCUGAGUAACAAGCUGACUUACGGGACCAUGGUGUUUGUCAGGUCCUUCCUUUUUGUAGGAGCGUACAUGAAGGAGACCUAUCAUCGGAUUAAUGAAGGCAUUGGCCAGGGGGACCUGAGUGAACUGCCUGAGAUGUUCUGA